AUGUCUGGAAAUGGCGGUAUCAGUGGCAACUAUGCGCCAUACGAGGAAAAUGAAGAAGUCGAAUACAACGAUGAAGAAUUCGGAUCCUACGAGGAAGAAGAAAGUGAUUACUUUUCCGAUGGUGAAGAAGUGGAAGAUGAUGAUGACUUUGAGGCGAAAGCUAUAAAAUUCCGCCAGCAGAUGGACAAGUUACAUUCAGAGGCUGCAGCGGAACAGGAGGGAGACAUCAGGUCCCGAACAGCCAAACCAACACUCUUCGGUGAUGCAGAGGAGCAAGAAGAGGAUGGAGAGCAGGUGCAACUGCUGGGACAGCAGCACACUGUAGAGGAGCUAAGAGAUCGCAUCGGUGAAACUGUCCAUGUCCUUUCCCAUUUUAAGGAAGAGCGAGAAGAGGGGCGAACGCGGGAAGAUUAUAUGCAGCUGCUUCGUGCAGACAUCAUGGAACUCUACGGGUAUAAUGAGUUUCUUACAGAUUCAAUUCUUCUCCUGUUUUCGCCCACAGAGGCUGUUGAGUUCUUUGAAGCAAUGGAAAAGCCGCGACCAACAACUAUUCGGGUCAACACAAUCAAGGCCAAACGUCGUGACUUGGUGCAGGCCCUUGUGAAGCGUGGAAUGAACGUAGAGCCAUUGGAAAAGUGGUCCAAAGUAGGGCUCCAGGUGUUUGAGUCUAAUGUUCCCAUCUCCGGCACAGUCGAAUACCUUGCCGGGCAUUACAUGCUUCAGUCUGCAGUAUCGUUCCUACCUGUAAUGGCGCUGGCACCGCAAAUUAACGAGCGCGUACUUGAUAUGGCCGCGGCUCCUGGCGGAAAAACGACGUAUAUUGCGCAGUUGAUGAAAAAUACCGGCGUCAUUUUUGCCAACGAUGUCAGUGAGCCCCGUACAAAAUCCUUGAAUGCAAACCUUCAGCGGCUCGGUGUAACAAACACCGUGGUGACUAACUACGACGGAGUUGGGUUUGAGAAGGUCAUGAAAAACUUCGAUCGUAUUUUAUUGGAUGCCCCGUGUACAGGCAGUGGAAUUAUUUCCCGGGACAAAAGCAUCAAAACAAGCAAGCAAUACGAAGAUGUGCAGAGAGCCUCUCAGUUGCAGCGGUCACUUCUCCUCUCAGCGAUAGACGCGGUGCGGGUUGGUGGGUACAUUGUGUAUUCGACUUGCUCCUUCCUUGUCGAGGAAAAUGAAGCGGUUGUGGACUUCGUGCUCCACCGGCGUGACGUGGCCAUUGUGGAGACGGGGCUGCCAUUUGGAAGGCCGGGAUUGACGAAGUACCGCCACCACAGGUUCCAUGACAAGCUGCAAAACGCCCGGCGGCUCUUCCCUCACGUGCACAAUAUGGACGGUUUCUUUGUGUGCAAGUUGAAGAAACUUUCAAAUAACGCAGGCGGUCCGAGCACGAAUGGGCUGAAGAAGGAGGAAUCUAACGUCGCGAAAAGUGAGAAUGUGAAAACAAUGAAGGGAACUAACAAACGGCAAAGAGAGGAUGACAGCAAGGCAAAGGGGGAACUAAAGACCAAGAACAAUCGUAUCAGUGUCCCGCCGGCCACGAAGAAGUCUCCAAAGAGUAAAGGGAAAAGUGGAUGA